AUGGGUUUCAAUUACAACGAUCUAUCGGGUAGUACAACAUUAUCUGCAAGUACCUGGUAUCAUAUUGCCUUUGUGUAUAACUAUCAAGCAGCACAACAAAUCAUCUACAUAGAUGGUGUACAGGAUGCUAUUCGGUCUGGUGUUACGACUCCAUAUCUAGGCACUAACGGCUCGCUAACAAUGGGCUAUUCACCACUUUUGGUAUCAUCAAGCUAUUAUUACUAUUAUAUUGAUAAUUUACUAUUGACAACACGUGCAAAGAGUUCAUCUGAAUUACUGAAUGAUGCUACGCAAAUAUUUUAUUUCUCAUUUGAUUUAUUAAACGUAUAUUACGAUAGUGGUCCAAACCGGUUGAAUAGUACAUCUUACUCUUCUUUAGUCUCGAUUGCCGGUCGUGUUAAUCAAGGAAUUCGCUUUACGACAAGCACCUCAUACUUUCAGAUGUACGCUUUUUACUCAAUUGGUGUCUACAAUAACCGACCAUUCACAUUUGCCGUGUGGAUAUCGCCUUCAUCAAUUAACGGUGGUGUUAUUAUACAUAUUUCAAACUAUCAAGGUGGAUAUGGUACCUAUCAAGAUAUUUUAAGUUUGACAUACAGUGGACAGAUAAUGACGCAGAUACCAGCAAGCAAUGGGUAUUAUCCGUCUGUUAUUGGCCCGUUUAUAUCAUUAAAUACAUGGACUCAUAUCGCUAUCACUUUCUCCACAACAAAUGGUCUCACACUCUAUGUUAAUGGAACGUCACAGGGAUCAACAGGUUCCAUUAGCAGUUAUUCAAACAGUGGUGGCCUUAUGUAUGUUACUCUUGGAUAUAAUCAGGGUUAUGCAGCGUCAAAUGUUGUUAACUUACCGUUCCAAGGAUCAAUGGAUGAGUUUUACGCGUAUAGGCGUGAAAUGAGUUCAUCAGAAAUAAAUUCACUUGCAAAUCCCUGA